AUGCCGAAAAAAAUAUGUACUGAAACUGAAUCAGCAGACUUGAAUAUUGAAUCAUCGGUGUCAGUUGAAAAACCUGAGUUAGAAGUUGAAAUCCUAACACCAACUAAAUCUUUUCAAGAUUUAAGAACUUUAAUGCCGAAAAAAAUAUGUACUGAAACUGAAUCAGCAGACUUGAAUAUUGAAUCAUUGGCAUCUGAUGAAACCACAUUAAUAUUUGACAAUGAUCCUGGUAAAUGGCCAAAGUUGAUACCUAGUAGCCUAAGAGGUUAUUUCUUAAAUCUUGGUGUUUGUCAGCCUUCCCCUAUGGAGUUGAGUAACUGGCAGUUUCCAAAAAAAAAUGACUCUCACGGUAGUGUACGUUGUUUUCAUGAAAAAUAUUAUUUUAAAACACAGUUAUGUGGUGAAAUUAUCAAACGUUCGUGGCUAUCAUACUCAUUAUCUCUUGACAAAAUAUUUUGUACUACCUGUAAAAUAUUCGGUUUGCCAAAUGCUCAAAAACUUACAAUUGCUUCAGAUGGAACUAGAGAUUAUAGAAAUAUAAAAAGAAAUAUUGAAAAUCAUGAAAGUUUUAAUGAUCAUGUUCAAUCUGUUUUAAGUAGAGCAUUAUAUGAAAGUCAUAAUCGUAUUGAUGCACAAAUUAUUCAAGGUUCUAAUAUACAAGUUUCUGAAAACAGGGAAAUACUUAGGGUUAUUAUUGAUUCUUUGAUAUUUAUUGCUCGUCAGAAUAUUGCACUGCGAGGUCAUGAUGAAUCAACUUUUUCAACCAAUCAAGGAAACUUUUUGGAAUUGAUUAAAAUGUUUGCCAAGUAUCAUCCAACAUUACAGCACCAUUUAAAUACAAUUGAACAGCACAAACGGAAUCGACUUACAUUCUUAUCGCACGAUACCCAAAACAAACUAUUAAGUAUAUUAUCUAAUAUUGUUCGUUCAACAAUUUUGGAUGAAGUUAAAAAAGCUGUUAUAUUUUCUGUAACGAUAGAUACCACUACUGACGUAUCAAAAUUAGAGCGGUUUUGUUUAGUUGUCAGAUAUGUUUUUGGUGGACAAAUCUAUGAACGUCUUCUAGCUCUAACAACUACCCAAGAUUCAUCUGGAUUUGGCAUGUUUCAGGUUUUUGGUAAUAUAACUGAAAAUAAUAAUUUAAAUUGGAAAGAACAUCUUUGUGCUCAAGGAUAUGAUGGCGUUGAAUCAAUGCAGCGAGUGUAUUCUGGUUUGAGAACACAUAUACAAAACCAUAACCCACGAGCGAUUUAUAUAUGGUGCUUUGCACAUGUACUUAAUUUAGUCAUUGUAGACACUUGUGACAUAUGUUUAGAAACCAGGAGCUUUUUUGGCGAUGUGCAGGCAUUAAAUGAAUAUAUGAAAGCUCGCAAAAGAACGGCUAAAUUUGUAGAACUACAACACAAAAACUAUCCAAAUAAACCUAUACGGCGUCUUAAACAUUUUUCGACUACUAGGUGGACUUUUCAUGAUAGAGCAUUAACUGUAAUAUUUGAAAAAUAUAAAGCAUUAGUACAAACAUUACAGUUUUUACAAAGUUCUGAUGAUUCUGACCGUGACUCGUUAUCAAAAGCAAAAGGUUUAGAAACAGCUAUAAACUCUUACAUGUUUGUUAUUACAAUGAUUAUUAUACAAAAAAUAUUUUCAAUUACUUCUCCACUGUCUAAAUUAGGGCUUACGAUUUCACGUGUACUUAAAUACACGGGUACACGUGUAAUUAUGAAACUCGUGUAUUGA